GUUAGAUACAUUUUAAAUAAGUAAGGGAAUUGCAAAGACUGGUCGUCUAUAGCUAUUAUUGGGAAAGUGUCAUGGCAGCAUAUAUGUUUUAAAACGAUUUUGUCAUCGUAUCAAUGAUGGAAGAAAAACCUGAUGGAAAAAGAAAAACUCGACCACGCAUAAGUAACCUUGCGGUUUUAGACCGGAUUAAAACAGAAAAUGGUGAAAAUAGCACGAAUAAGGAGGACUACAAAGAAUAUGAUGUGAAAGAAUCUUUGUGCCCACGACCAGAAAGGAUUUUAAAAAUUGGCUUUGCAAUUUUUCUUUGUAUUGUUGCAUUUGGAAGUGGAUUUAUUGGAAGGAUGACAUUGCAUAUAUUGAUAUGGCACAUCAGUCCUCCAGUAGAAUCCACUAUAUCGGCUAUAAACACUCUCGGAGGUCUUCUUGAGCCUAACUGUUCAAUAUGCACCAACGAAACAGCAUGCAUGAGAAAUACCAAUUCUACAGCAGUUGACGAAUCAUGGAUAUGGGCAUUGUUCUUGGUUAUAAUUGCGCCAUAUUGCUUGACAUUUAUAUCAACAUCAUUUAGAAUCUUCUUCAAAUCCAAUAAAGCAUUAAAUUCGAAAGUACUCUUAGUACUGAUUCUAAUUGAAACACUUCAUUCAGUCGGACUCUCCAUAUUAGGAUUUAUUGUGUUGCCUGCACUUGAUCCAGCUUCUGCAUCAGUGGUUUAUUUAGCAGCUGGUGUUGGCCUACCUAUGAUAGAUUUUUUUGAUAAGGUUGUCAAUAAGCUUGAUAGAAAAUCUUCCGAAAUAACGAAAAAACAAAAUGAUAUUAAACCAGACACGGAAACAAAAAAUCAACAGCCAACAAAUGGAACGGAUCUUGAAAAACAGAAUCAAAAGUCAACAAAUGGAAUGGAAACGGAAAUACAGAAUAAAAAAUCCCCAGUUGAAACGAAAACUGAAUCACAGAAUCAAAAGUCAACAAAUGGGACAGACAAUCAACAGAAUACAAUUGAAAGUGAAACUAAGAAUCCGCAGAAUACCAAUGUCAACGAUACCUCAAAUGAUCAUAUCAACGACGUUGAUUCACGGAAAAUUACGGCCGAAAAAGCCGUAGAAUCUACUUGUAAAUUUUCAUUUUGCGAUGAGACAUCAACUCUCUCCUUUACGUUACCAUUUGUAGGAUUCGCAUUGCAGAUUGCAGGAAUCAUUCUAAUAACACUUUAUAUUAAAAUUGGUUCAAUGAAUGUUUUAUUUGUGUUGUCCGUUAUUCUAAUAUCAAUAAAGUAUUGGGAAAACUUCAUUACUAUGGGGACAGAAAGUUCGAUUUUUUUACGCCAAUUAAAGCGAGAACUACAUAUUGGAAGAACUAAGACCUCGUGUUUAGUCAGUCUCUGGAAAAUGCUUGUAACGUUUCUUGCAGUUAUAGCGAUUUUUACUAGUCGUGGUACUGAUUCAAUGGGCGCCCUGAAAGCAAUAUUCAAUAAUGGAAUAACAACAAUUAAUACCGUCUUUGGAGAACAACGAGUAGGAUAUAAUCCGAUUUGUCAAACACAAGUGCCAUUUUUAGCAACUAUUAUUUGUAUAACUUGUGAAUACUUAUGUUAUAAGACCUCUAAAACAGUAUGCGUAAUCAAUUGUCAGCGAUUUGGUUUCAGUUUUCCUCUGGUUAUGUUACAAAUUGCCGUACCUUUUGUAAUAGGAGGCUUGAUGCAUCAUCCUGAUAUUAUGAAAUUAGAUUCAUGUGAUCUACUGUUCUCUGACUGGUGUAUCAAGGAAAAUGGUCGUUUAGUUGAAAAUUGCAUGGAACUAAUUAUAGCAUUCGUUGUACUGUACAUAUCAAUUCUUUUGAUAACAAGGCAUGCUUGGCAAUCAAAUGGGCGAAAAAAUGGAGAAACCGCAAGGAUAUUUAUUUCACCUUUUUACUGUGGACUGUUUCCUGAAUUAUCUUUGUUACUGAAUCGCAGAAGAGAUGAUGACGAAUAUGACAUUGUUCAUUGUAAUAAGAAACCAGACGAAAAGCAAAAUAAGAGAAAAAAGUUAUAUGCCUGCUGUGCUACCAUGUGGCACGAAACUGGAACUGAGAUGAAGCAGCUUUUAACAUCCAUAUUAAGGUUAGACAGAAAGCAAUGUAUAAACAAAUUUCUAAAAGAAGAAAUUAAAGAAGACGUCGAAACAUUUGAUUUAGAAGCUCAUGUUUUCUUCGAUGAUGCUUUCAAACCCGAAAAGGACAACAAGAAAGAAGUGAAUAUAUAUGUAAAAACCUUUAUAAAUGUAUUAAGUGAAGCUAGCAGCCGCGUGUAUGACCAACAAAUGGAACCAUCAGAAGGUCUUAUGUAUAAAACCCCGUAUGGUGCAAGGAUUGAAUGGAUACUUCCAGGAGAAAACAAAUUAUUUGUUCAUUUGAAGGAUAAUGAGAAAAUACGAAAUAAGAAACGCUGGAGUCAGGUGAUGUAUAUGAUGUACAUUUUGAAAUGGAAAAUGCUGAAAGAGCAUGGUAAUGAAGGAAUCCAAGAAGCAGCUGAAAAUACAUUCUUAUUAGCUCUUGAUGGCGAUGUUGACUUCCAGCCAGACGCUGUACUUAGUUUAAUGAGACGAUUGGAAAAGAACGAUAAAGUAGGGGCAGCAUGUGGCAGAAUUCACCCCAUUGGAAAGGGUCCGAUGGUAUGGUAUCAACAGUUUGAAUAUGCUAUUAGUCAUUGGCUACAAAAAGCAACUGAACACGUUAUUGGCUGUGUAUUAUGUAGUCCAGGAUGUUUCAGUUUGUUCCGUGGAUCUGCAAUAUUAAAUCAUGAUGUCCUUGAAACAUAUACUACAAUUGCAGAAGAGGCAAGGCAUUGUUUGCAAUAUGAUCAAGGUGAGGACCGAUGGCUGUGCACACUGCUACUUCAAAAAGGAUGGAAAAUUGAAUAUUGUGCAGAAUCUGAUUCAUACACAUUUGCUCCCGAAACUUUUAAUGAGUUCUUCAAUCAACGUAGACGUUGGACACCAUCAACCAUGGCUAACAUUUUAGAAAUCAUUCAGGACUGGCAAAAUGUUACAGAGAGCAACGAGAAUAUAUCUUUUCUAUACAUUGUCUAUCAAGUCCUUUUGUUUGUGUCAACAAUUCUAACACCAGGGACUGUAUUCAUGAUUAUCUUGGGAGCCUUAAUUGUUGGAUUUGAAACCAUACCACCAUGGUUGGCACUGAUAUUGAACCUACUUCCUGUUAUAGUGUUUAUAUUGAUGUGUUUGUAUGCAUCCACCCAACGACAGCUGCAAAUGGCAGCUAUUUUGUCUUGCAUAUACGUUAUUGUAAUGGUUGUUGUUAUGAUCGGAGUUGUACGAGACGCCAUACUGGAGGGAUUGUGUUCAACGACCACAAUUUUCAUAAUAUUUGUGGCUGGAGUUUUUGUAAUAUCCGCUUGUCUGCAUCCGAAGGAAUUUCUCUGCCUUAUACCUGGACUGUUAUAUUUUCUGGCCAUACCUUCAAUGUCAAUGUUGAUGUUUUUAUAUUCACUUGGAAAUCUUCAUGUCACAUCAUGGGGUACAAGAGAAACAAAAACAGAGUCUGUAGACAAAGAAAACCCAAGGCAAAAGCCUGAAAAAGAGGAAACUGGAUAUUUCUGCUCACUGGGAAAGUUUGUCAGUUGCUUAUUCUGUCCUUCGAAUGAUUACACCAAAGAUGAAUUUUUGUAUUCGAACUUGGUCAAAGAAAUGAAACGUAUUGUACAUAAAGAUGAGGACACAGAAAACAGUGGACCAGAAAGUGCAGCUACCAAUAAAACCUCCAGUGUAAAUAAUGAAAUGCAAGAAAAUUUAAAAACUGACGAAACAACAGUCAGAGUUAGCACUGAUGUUGAUACAGACAAGGAUGAAAUCGGCACUGGAAAAGCGGAGAAAGACACUAUCAUGAAUGGAAAGAAGAAAUCAAAAAUUGAUAAAAGUGCUAAGCGGACAAACCUUGAAGAAAUGUAUUGUUUGAGUGUCGAUAAAAGUUUGCAGAAUAUCAAUAAAGAUGAGUCCAAAUUUUGGAAGAAACUGAUAAGGAAAUAUUUACAACCAUUUGAUAAAAAGGAACCGUACAUACAAGAACGAGAAAAGAGACUUGCAGGAGAAUUAGUUGACUUACGUAACUCCGUUUGCUUGUUUGUUUAUCUUUUGAAUGCAAUUCUCGUGACAGUUAUGUUUGGAUUAACACAAGUUAAUGCAUUCAAGAACUCUUUAACUGCCGGAUUUUCAUGUGGGGGUAAAGAUAUUUCGGUAGUUCCCAUAGCAAUAUUAUUCAGUGCUGUAUUUGGUAUUCUUCUUUUAAUACAGUUCUUGUGUAUGCUAUACCAUAGGUUUUCUACACUAGUUCAUAUUACCGCAAAUACUGAUUUGCGUAGUACAGAAGAUGAACAUAUUGCUGAAAUAAUGCAAAAAAUUGCAGAUCUCGCUACAAAACGAAUAAAAGAAAAACAAGAAGUAUUAUCAGAUAAGAGUAGGAAAGGCGUAGACAUGAAAAGGUCUGUUCUAAAAAUCGAGGAAAAGCAGUAUAUAAAUUUUAAAGAUAUGAUGAACAAAAAUAAAGAAAAAUUAAAAUCAAUCCAAGGAUCUCUUUAUUUGAAGCAUCAGUCAACGAAGGAAAAAAUUAAAGAAAAAUGGCAGCUAUUUUUGAAGGAACCAAAGCUGAAAGGGAUUGCUGAGCAAGCUAUUGAAGCUGUAAAAAUGCAAAAUAAAGUUUCUCCAGAGUCUACAAAUGAAUCUCCGAAAUCAAAUAUUAAUGAUGAAGUAGGAAGCUAUAGCAAUGUCUGAACACAUUUUAUCUUACAUUGGUAAAGCGAGCUGUAGAUUAUAUUUUUCGAAUGAUGAAAUUCAAAACUAUAAAGACACCUGCCAAAGUGUAUGUGUUGAACUGUACAUGUCUUUUUAAUGUUUUGUUAUGUUUGAUUGCUGACUUGUUGAUAUAUACCUAAUAUUUAAGCUGAUUCGGAUAGAAAUAGACGUUAUGCAAAUGAAUAUCAAUACAUCUCUUAAAUUAUUUCGGGUCAACAAAAUUUAUAUGCAAAGUCUGUAACUGUUUGAAUAUUGAGUUGAUAUAAGAACCAUAAAAAACAGACCCAAAUUUGUCUUUUAUAUCGUUUUUGAAUGUUCCAAACUCAAUCAAAGUCUUACAAAUUUUACAUUUAUACGUACACGUGCAUAAUGUCAAUUUCUAUCCGACGCAGCUCAUUUAUUCAUUUAUUUAACUGGAAUAGCUAUAAGGUUUCAUAAUACGUUUAAAAGAUAACUUUCAUUUAUAUAGGUUGGAUAUACGUUGACUUUUUUUUUUAAUGACUAUAAAUUUUGUAUGUCGAAAUUAUUAUAAAUAUUUGAAAGGUGAUGGUUUUGAUUUGUUCUGUAAUUUUUAUAAAUAAAAGUUUCACAUA